UCGUCCGAUGGGGCGAAAAUUAUGCUCGUUCGGAAAUCGUUCCCAUUGAGCGUCUACGCUGGCCCGUGCCCAACGGUACGGGCGCCAAGCUCGUUGGAAGUCGGACUUUUGUAAUGCGGAGAAUGCAGCUGCCUGAUGAUUUUCCGUCAAUGUCAGCCAAAGAACUGCGUAAACAGCUGGGCCGCGAAAAGGUGCGAUGUUUUUCCGACCUGGGAACGCGUAAUAUCUUUGGAGCGAUUGUGGAGAUUGUGAAUGGAAGUUUGUUUUACGUCGAUCAUCAGACAGUACCCGAAUUAGCUGCGGCAGAACUCGAUGCGUUCCAUGUGAAACUGAUUGAACGCCUUCUCAGUAUCACCAAAACGUCCGAGGCCUCCGAAGUUUCAAAGGCAACGGUAAUUUAUGCUGGAUUGCCGCCGGAGUUGUGGCUGGAAGUGUUCUCCCACCUGAGCACGAGGACGCAGGCCAAGCUGCGCACUGUCUGCUUAAUGUGGAACCAUGUUCUAAAUUCACCUCUGUUAACUGCUAACGUUUGUACCCAGUGUUCAGAAUGCAGUAGUGACCGUGGCCGACUGGAUUACCCUCUGACAUCUCCAAUCUUCAAAUGCCUAAGCGCAUCCACACGUCGUAUCAUUGUUGCUGACGGAUGCGAGCGGCUCCAGAUUGAGGGCUUCCUGAAAAUUGCGGACAUGAUUCGUUACGUUGCGGAAGCCAACCCCGAAAUUCGAUUAACAGCGAUUUAUCUGGUUGCUGUUUGCAUCUCGUUUGCCACCAGAACGAUUCAUUAUAAAGACACUCAACGAGAUGUUUGUGGAGUGCAUUUUAAAGACUCUAACAAUUUGCCUAACCGUGGUGAAGGGCUUUCCGACAGCUGGAUGGCAGCAUGGCGCUGGUUGCCGUGCGACCGGGUUUACUACGUCCGCUGCACACAUGAGCUUUUCAUCCAUGAUAGAACGCCUGACAGACGCCUGCCAUCUCUGUUUUUCGAUGCCCGUGUGAUUCGACUGAUGAACACCGAUGACCUAGAGUGCGCUAUGUGGGAAGCGAUGGAAAUGAAUUUGCCGGCCACUAGUGACGAGCAAAUGCAAACGCUGUCAAAGUUCCUGGCUUGGAUUGCCAACGAGCAAAUCGCUUCAUCGAAAGAUGAAGCGAAACGGCAAGACGCGGCAUGCGAGGUUUUGCAGAUACUGUGCUCCUUGCAGACGUCGGAUCCGCGUCCGUCGACAUAUUACCGCGGGAAAAAAUGGUGCGUUGAUGGAUCGCGGAAUGUGCAACCGGAAAAGCUGUCUCGCACUGCACUGGGGCUUCUAGUUCUCCUGGCAUGUAAUAAGGGAGCGGACAAAAGGCAUCCCUUCAGUUUAAUUUGCCGGCGAGAGUAGCUUGUUGUGUACAGUAGCGCAUUUCAAGUUUUGCUGUACUUGUGCUGCAUCAGCAGUUAUAGACUUACAGUUUACACAGUUACGGCAUUUUUUCCGUUACAGUUAUUACACUGCUCCAGCUGGCAUACAUUUUACUGAAGGAAUUAUUUGGUUAUUGUUUGAACG